AUGAGCAUUUUGGAUGAAGCAGCUGCAACCGCCGAGACCUAUGUGCCAUUGGUGAUCCGCACUCCGGCCAACGAUUGGGCAUGUAACACAAGCAAGGGCAGAGCAAGGGAGAGUCAGCAUGUAACAUGCAUGGGAGUGGAGAACCUGGUGAUGCUGGGAGACCACAAGCAGUUGAAUCCCUUGGUCUUAGCGACCGGUGGAGACCAUGAAAUCAAGGAGAAGAACGUCGAUCGCAGCUUCAUGGAGCGUGCGAUGGCCUGCAAUUGUCGUCUCCAUCCCCUCCGGAUUCAGUACCGGAUGCCGGAAGUCUUGUGCCAGCUGGUCUCCAAGCUCUUCUAUGCUGGCCAACUCCGGAGCGAUCUCUCGUGCCAAAUGGGCAGUCUACGUCUCCAUGGCUCUCCUUUGCGGUGGUUCCACGUCCCAGACACGGAGACUGAGGUGGGCACAUCCAAGAUCAAUUGCGCGGAGGUCAUGCACAUUGUGUCAAUGUUGCAGAGCGACGUCACCUUCACAAAACCCACGGGAGCGCAUCAUGAUCAUCACGCUAUACAAGCCGCAAGCUGCUUUGCUCGAAGACACCCUGAAAAAGUUUUUGCCCAUGCGCUUGGAUUCCGGCAGCAUCAAGGUGGUCACCGUUGA